AUAAUAAUAAUAAUAAUAAUAAUAAUAAUAAUAAUAGCGAAGUUGGCACAGGAAUGCAUCUCAACAAACCCAAAAGCGACCUGUUCAGUUUUUCCUGCCCUCCUCCGCUAUCAUCCCCCGAUCCUCACCCUCUCCACGACUCUAAAGAUGCUAAGACGGGAUCUUACUCCAAACAAUUCAAAACGAUACCCUUUUCUUACCACAUUAGCGACGGCGUGGCGACUCCAAGGGUGCAGCCGGGACCCCGGAGAGGCGGGUCCUCAUCCAGCCCUCGUCUCCUCUCCAAGUCUCUCUCCCUCGAACCCGGCUCCUGUCUGGGGGGCAGGCAGACCCCCCACCGGCUCUGCUCGGACCCGGGGCCCCUGAUCCCCCAAGACUGCAACGGCACGAGCGAGCACAACCCCCCCGCGCCCCCCAAACAGAGACCCCACACGGUGGGACCCAAACCUCACGUUCCCCCGAAGCCCCCCCACCUGCAGAGGGGGCAUCGCCCGAGAGGGGAGGGGCAGCAUAUCCCCCCGCCUCCGUCCCGCCCCCUGCCUGCGGACCCUCGGGGAGACCGGGGAACCCUCCCUCGAAACGAAGGGGGCGUCACUCCUUCCUGCGUGCUGUCGCUCAUCGAGAAGUUCGAGAGGGAGCAGAUUAUUCUUGUACCUGACACUAGCGGUAUCUCGCUGUGCCCGACUAGAGUCUCGGAAUCAGAACUGAACCUGAACUCAACCCCCGUCGGGGACCGGACGGAAAAACAGGGGGCAGAAGAAGGAGGAGAGGGAAAAGGAGAAAACGGGAGAGAGAUGGGUGAAGGGGAAAUGAGCCCUAGCCUGGCCAGGGAGGAGGAACCCUGCCGGCCGUCGGACAGACGCCGGUCCUCUGAAUCGGGCUAUGCCCCGUCCGAUAGGCUCCUGGACUCCCUUGAAAUGAGGGACCCGCUGGCCGACCAGUCGAGUUGCUGCUCCGAGCGGCUGGCCCCUCCCCCUUCGGGCCUGCGCGAUGGCAAAGUGGCCAAUCGGGACAGCGGGAUCGACAGCAUCAGCUCGCCGUCACACAGCGAGGACCUCUGCUUCGCGGGAGAGGAGGAGAGGGGGGCGGGGGAGAGGGAGAGGCCACACCCCUCACGCCCGAUUAGCCACGCCCACAGAGAGGAAGGAGGCGGGGACUGGGAGGGGGAUAGUGACCUGGGGGAAGGGAGCGGAGAUGAGGAAAGCAGCGAGACCCCGACUCAACUGCAGACUGUAUACCCCAAAACUGUGAGGCAGGAUUCUUCAGAGUUCUUGGCACAGCAGAAAGUGUUCAACAUUGCGAGUGAGCUCCUGCACACGGAGCAGGCCUAUGUAUCCAGACUGCACCUCCUGGACCAGGUGUUUUGUGCCCAGCUCCUGGAGGAGUCUCACUCUCGUGGUUCUUUCCCCUCGGAGGUUGUCCUCGGGAUCUUCUCCAACAUCUGCUCCAUCUAUUGCUUCCAUCAGCAGUUCCUGCUGCCUGAGCUCGAGAAACGCAUGCAGGAGUGGGACUCGAACCCGAGGAUCGGGGACAUCCUGCAGAAGCUGGCCCCCUUUCUGAAGAUGUAUGGGGAGUAUGUGAAGAAUUUUGACCGCGCCAUGGAGCUGGUCAACUCCUGGAUGGACCGGUCAGCGCAGUUCAAAGGGAUCGUCCACGAGAUCCAGAAGCAGGAGGUGUGUGGGAACCUGACCCUGCAGCACCAUAUGCUAGAGCCGGUGCAGAGGAUCCCGCGCUACGAGCUUCUGCUCACAGACUACCUGAACAAGCUGCCCCCCGAUGCCUCCGACAGCAAGGACGCCGAGAAGUCGCUAGAACUCAUAGCCACGGCUGCAGAGCACUCGAACGCUGCCAUUCGCAAAAUGGAGCGAAUGCACAAGCUGUUGAAAGUCUACGAGCUGUUAGGGGGGGAGGAGGACAUUGUGAACCCCACGAAUGAGCUCAUUAAAGAAGGGCACAUCCUGAAGCUGUCAGCCAAGAACGGAACCACGCAGGACAGAUACCUAAUCCUGUUCAACGACAGGCUGCUGUACUGCGUUCCCAAGCUGCGCUUGAUCGGGCAGAAGUUCAGCGUCCGAGCGAGGAUCGACGUGGACGGGAUGGAGUUGAAAGAGACAAGCAGUCUUAACAUGUCCCGGACGUUCCUGGUUUCCGGGAAGCAGAGAUCCCUGGAGCUACAGUCCAGGACUGAAGAGGAGAAGAAAGACUGGGUUGAGGCAAUUCAGGCCACCAUUCAAAAGCAUGAGCAGACUCUGGAAACUUUCAAACUGCUCAACACAUCUUUAAGAGAAGAGGACUACACCCCCCCGUCGCCAAACACAGAUCUGGGGCGCCGAGCCCCCACGCCCAUUCGCGAGAAGGAGGUCACUCUGUGCAUGACGUGCCAGGAGUCCUUCAACUCCAUUACCAAGAGGAGGCAUCACUGCAAGGCCUGUGGACAUGUGGUGUGUGGGAGGUGCUCCGAGUUCCGCGCCAGGCUGCUGUACGAUAACAAUCGCCCGAACCGUGUGUGCGUGGACUGCUACACCGCGCUGCACGGGGCCCCGCCCACUCCGGGCUGCCCCGCCCAAGCCCCGCCCCUGAGACGGCGCUCAAUACUAGAGAAGCAGGCAUCAGUUGUGGCUGAGAACAGCGUGGUCUGCAGCUACAUGCACUUCAUGGAGAAGGGGGCAGGGCGGGGCUGGCAGAAAGCGUGGUUCGUGGUUCCAGAGAGCGAGCCGCUGGUUCUGUACAUUUACGGAGCUCCGCAGGAUGUGAAAGCUCAGCGCAGUGUUCCUCUGAUCGGGUUCGAAGUCUCGGUCCCGGACGCUUCCGAUAAACUGGAGCGCCGCUCCGCCUUCAAGAUCAGCCAGAGUCACCUGACCCUGUACUUCAGCGCGGAGGGGGAAGGGCUACAGCGCCGCUGGAUGGAGGUUCUGAGCAGGGCGGGGAGGGGGGAGGAGCCGACAGGCCACGCCUCCAUCUCCGAGGCAGAGGAGGAAGGAGCGGGGCCAGCGGAUGGGAACACGUGAAUCUCAGAACGGCUUUUUAAUUUGACAAAAGCUGAAGAUAUUCCAUGAUUUCAUCAUCAGUUGUUUCUUUU